AAUAAUUAUCAAUGAGGGGAAAAAAAGAAGAAAAAACCGGAGGAACAUAGCGGCUCGACUUGUCGCUAUAUAAGGGAGUCGAAGGGAGAUUAGGGUUUUAGGGCGGAACAGAAGAAACGAAGCCGUUCUAGGGCUACAAAGGAGUGGGGGCAAAGAUGGAUCGGUACCAGAGGGUGGAGAAGCCACGGCCGGAGGCGCCCAUCAACGAGAACGAGAUCAGGAUCACUACACAGGGAAGAAUGCGGAGCUAUAUCACGUAUGCAACUACUUUGCUCCAGGAAAAGGGUUCAAAUGAGAUCAUCCUAAAGGCAAUGGGAAGAGCUAUCAACAAGACUGUGAUGAUUGUUGAGCUCAUUAAGAGAAGGAUUGUGGGUCUUCACCAAAUUACAUCAAUUGGCUCAACCGACAUAGUUGAUACAUGGGAACCGUUAGAAGAAGGCCUCCUUACGUUGGAGACUACCAGGCAUGUAUCGAUGAUUACAAUAGUCUUGUCAAAGAAGGAGCUGGACAAUUCAUCUGUAGGAUACCAGCCACCUUUACCUGCAGAGCAAGUCAAGCCAUUGAAUGACUUUGAUUAUGGAGCAGAGGCCUCUCCUGGUGGAGGUGGUAGAGGCCGUGGUUCUCGUGGACGGGGGCGAGGCAGAGGAAAUGGUAAUGCUGGCGGUGAAUAUGUCAAUGGUGGCUGGGACAGAGGCCGAGGAUACAACCGUGGUCGUGGGCGUGGUGGCUUCCGUGGACGUGGGAGAAGCUAUGGUGGCCCAGCUGAUACCCAUCACGAAACUAAUGCUUACAAUGAUGAAGCACCCGUCUAUGGUAGAGGGCGUGGUCGUGGCAGGGGGCGUGGGCGUGGAAGGGGUCGUGGAUCUAAUGGUUCAGUCAAUGCAGCUGCCGCACUGUAGCUGCAUAGAGCUGGUUGAUCAUCUUUGAGCAGUUCUAUGCUUUAUGCUUUUCCUGGAUGCCUGCUCCCAAGUUCAUGUUUGUUGUUAGUCUUUUAUAAUUCUUAACCCAAAAUUUGUAUUUUUAUUCUGGAUGAUGGCCGGUUUUCUCUCGUGGCUUUAUGUCUUGUAGGUCUUUAAUUUCAGAGAAAUUGACCUUAUUUAUGUAACCUAUUGUACAAUUAACUAACGGAGCAGUACAUUCUUUUAUUCA